CUUGCUAAUCGUGAAGUUGAAAUCCAUACCCGGGCGCUUAUUUAGGUAUCUAUUAGGUCCCUAGUAGAUGUAUACUCUGAAAUAUUUUUCGACAGCUUAAAGCACUUGGAUCUUUCAUAUGCCAUCAUUGGUGGGAGCGGAUGUUUAGCAGAUAUAACACAUUUUAUGGUAAGAAUUUCAAUGGCGCCGUUUUCUUACACACCUUUUUCGACCGAACGUGAGAUUCGCCUGCUCGACAUUAUACCAGGGCGAGGGCAGAUAAAAUGCAACCUCCGCAAAGUCUUAUUAUCGUCAGAGAAUGAAUAUGAAGCGCUAUCCUAUUGUUGGGGGGCGCCUACCAAAAAGACCAAGAUUCUAGUUGACAACGCGGAUUUUGAAGUGACGCGAAAUCUUCAUGCGGCAUUGCGGCGUCUACGAGAUGAGAAGAUCACCAGGACGUUAUGGGUGGAUGCAAUAUGUAUCGACCAAAACAAUAUCCAGGAGAAGAAUGUACAAGUGCCGCUAAUGCAUAUUAUAUACGGUACAUGCCGGCGCGUUGUCAUAUGGCUCGGCGAAGAGGACUUCUACACCAAAACAGCCUUUGCGGGAUUCGAGUAUAUGGCAUUCAGGUUUGACGCGAGAGAAGAACUGAUUGACCCCAAAGAAUGGAAGAGAGUAAAACGUGGCGAUACGUGGGGAUAUUCGUGGUUCACGCCUAGGCAGGUCAUCGAGAGGGACGUAGGUUUGCGAGCCUUUCCGUCGAUAUUCGAGCGUCCCUGGUUUAAAAGGGUGUGGGUGAUCCAGGAACUGGCCCUCGGCCCCGACCCUCUGGUUGUAUGCGGCAGUCACCAGAUAUCGUGGGAAAAGCUCGAGAAGGCAAACAAUGCUUGCCGGAUCCCUAUCGAUGUUGAUGGGCAAUUUGGGAACCUGUGCGCAUAUCGAAAGAACUGGCGCGACCCCAGUUUGAAUGUGUUCAGCCAUGCGCUAUGGGGCUGGCAGAAGCAAGUGACGGACCCGAGAGAUAAGUUGUACGGGUUCCUGGGCUUAGCGACCGAGCAAAGCAACCGGAUACCGAUCAAGGUCGAUUAUGCAUCAGAUCCUGAACAGAUAUUCACCGAAGUCACGACACAGCACCUAUUGACAUUCUCCGGUCUCAUGUUUCUCGGCUGUUGCAGAGGCGUGAGGCCUUCCGGCCCUUCCUGGAUUCUCAACUUCGAGUACGACGAGACCGUCGAUCCUGCCCCUGCAGGUACUCUCGGCUGGUCUGAAUCAUACAAAGCUGGUGGCGAUGAGCCACGCAUACCGACUUUCUCUGCCGACGGCAAGAUACUUAUUGUUCAGGGUUAUGUGCUGGAUGAAAUUGUGGAUAUCAGCCCUCAACCAGCCCCCCUCCCACGCAAGGAGGGGAUAGCCUCCAUCAUGAUGCGGAUCAACUUAGAGUGGGCUCUGAUCGCAAAUUUCUUUCGCCUGUACCUCUGCGCGAGGAAGCUCUGCAAGAUCGACGACCUGGGGAUCUACAAGCCCACUAGCCAGCCAAUCCGCGAAGCCUUGGGCCAGACUAUCACUUCCAGUUGGAAGGAAAAGCAAGACGAUUUGUUAGCGGUGGAUAUUGAAGACUUACUGAACACCUUCGACGAUCACGUAGCGAAAGCCGCUGAUUCGUUUAAUAUCGUGCCCGGAAACCUGGGGAUAUUGUUGAUCUAUGCCAAAACGUUCUACGCCAUGCCUAUGAAUGCCGACGGGGUGUCGCCAUUCAGCCAGUUCUAUGCGAAGACAGACGCGACUUGGCAGAGGAGGUUCGUCACGAUGGCGAAUGGGCAUAUAGGGCUAGCGCCGGCGAGGUCAGAGGUGGGAGACAAGGUGGUCCUCUUGCAGGGCUACAGAGCACCGGUUGCUGCCCGCCGGGCUGGUAAUAGGUGGAAGCUGGUGGGCGAUUGCUACGUUCAUGGCAUUAUGGGCGGAGAGGUAUUUGAUGGUGGGAGGUGUGAAGCGAUGGAAAUUGAAUAAAUACCAAGUCUAAACCGCGACGUCUAGAGUUCAUAAAACUCUCGUAUAGAGGAACUGGGUAAGAUAGCUCGGAUGAGUUCCAAGGCUGUCUUGGAACAUUGAAGCUCUUUGUCAUCACUGCUUUUAGUUCAUACAAGUUCAUAGACACAUGACCCAAGGGCCUUAGGUCAUGUGUAAGGCAAGCUAAUUGUUCUAAUUAUAGAUGGCUUUUUCAACAAUACCAGGUAUCUCCGCAUGAGGAUACAAACUUCUUACUC